UCAAUAUCUUAUGUUACUCAGUGAACAUUGCUAACCCAACCAUGAAGUGAUAUCAAUAAUUUUAUUUUUUUCCAUUCAGCACUAGACAGUGAGGUAGUCAUCUGAACUUAAACAAUUGCAUCUGUCUUUUUGCUUUUUCGGAUUGACACUAUGAUCUUUUACAUUGUUGUGCAAAGGGAAGCAAUAAGAUGUAGAGCUAUAAUAAAAUUUAAUUUUUUUCCCCUUUUUUUCACGUCUCACGAACAGAAAAGAUUCAUGACUUGUCAGAAAGAGAAUCUGCUCUUCAAGACCCACCGAUGCCAUUUGGUAGGUUUGUUGCAAUGAUAACUCGUUUCGAGAAUACUUUUAUUAAUGGAAAGUCCUACUUAUCUCUUGGACAUAUCAGAAAAGUCCGGUUACACUUAAGAAAAAGUUAUAUUAUUAUAUCUAACAUGAUGUUUAAGUAUAUAUGUUAAUGCUUCUCUGGGUGGUUUUCUGUGAUUUUACUAAGUGGUUAUUAAAAACGUGCUUGCAAGUUUCUAGAGGAAGUUUGAAUGGUUUGCGUUAACUGGCUGGAAAAGUUAAUAAAGUCAAUACAGACGAGGGUGGGAGGGGUGGGGGGGGGGGUGGUUUACCUUACGUCCCUUUUCGUAGGCUUUUUUUUCUAAUUUUUGAUGGCAUGUUUGUGUCUUAUUUCUCUUUCACGCCUUAGUCAUUCCAGAGAAACUUGUAGAACUUAUCAGACGAGACUACAAAGGCGCUGUGCUGUGUCCCUUUCCAUGGUGUGAAGAUGAACUGCAACUGAAGCUAUCGAACAUCUUCACAAGACUACAGAUAGUUAGUAGAACAAAAGAACGUUCACAACUAACCGGUUACACUGUUAAUAUGACAGAAAUAUUCAAGUCACAUCCAGAAUGCCACAAUCCACGCGUGGUGCUGAUCGAGGGGAAUCCUGGGAUGGGCAAAACCACCUAUUGUCAAAAGCUGGCUCAUGAUUGGUCCGUGGGGAAGAUUCCACCUGAUGCGUCAUUUCCUAAAGUGGAAAUUUUGCUUUUGUUGAAAUGCCGUGACAUGCACAUGAAAACUGCUACCAUCGAGGAAGCUAUUGAUGAUCAGCUGCUUCCACAAGAUGCAGGCAAGAAGGAAAAAGAAGACUUCUUCCAUUUUAUUCGUUCAAAUCAGUCUAAAAUAUUACUGAUUCUCGAUGGUCUGGAUGAAUUACGUCAUGAGCUGCUUCCGUACAUUCAGCCGUUGAUUCAAGGCAAAAUUUUUUCCAACACCUUCCUCGUUUUAACAGCUCGACAUGAAGCGGGAAGAAGUCUACGGCGAUACUGUGAUACGCUUCUGGAAAUCAUCGGAUAUACUAAUGAUGACGUCGACAGUUACAUCAAGAAGUAUUUCAGCAAGCACGAGGACCAAAGCCUUGCGGAAAGAAUGAUUGUGCAGCUGGAAUAUGACGAGGAGCUGAGAGAGUUAACGGCUAAUCCACUAAAUACAGCUUUGUUGUGUCUUCUGUGUGAAGAGACAAAGGGAAUUUUCCCUUCCAGUAGAACGAAACUUUACGAUGAUCUUGUCUCUUGUGCUCUGAGAAGGUAUUUUAGCAAGAGGGGUGUGCCUUUGAGUGACGACGAUCCCUUUGAGAGAUGUUCAGACGAGCUGAAUCAGUUGGGGGAAAUGGCAUUUGAGGCCCUGUUGAAGAAUCAGUUGUAUUUCAGUCGAGACGAGUCCACUGAUUUCCUGCAAUUACCGUUUCUUUCCCGUGAGCCUAGUGUGAGCAAAAUCAGGCCAAGGCCAUGCUAUGCUUUUACUCACAAAACUUUCCAGGAGUAUUUUGCUGCAUUCUACUUGGCUCAGCAAAUCAUUACUGGAAACAAAGGAGAAGCCAAAUCCCUGUUAGCUCAGCUCAGUCCUGUUGAUAACUGGCAGGUGUGGGAAUGUCUCUUGACAAUGGUCCUAAGAAAGAGAAGUGAAAUGGCCGUUUUUGUAGUGUCACGUCUUUGUGCUUUUUUCUACCAAGAAAGACCACGAAACACAGUCAAACCCAGUGUCGAUAGUUGGGAUUUUGAGGCUUGUGAGGGCGAAAUUGAAGAUUGGACUGUCAAUAUGUACCGUUUGAGUGAAGAUGAACAAGUUUUGGAGGAUGUGGUUACUAAAACACUUGCCGUCAUUGUUAAUUGCGAAGAAGGUGAAAACAAACUUGAUGAUAACCAAAGGAAAAUGGUACAUGUACUGGCGCGCUGCUUUCCAGUGAGAAAAUUGAACCUUGGUGUAGGCCGCCCCGAUUUUAUCGUUUAUUCAGAAUACUUGAAAGCCAACUGCACUCUGACAAAUUUACUUUUGAGAACCAGUGAGGCUGACGAGCUUUUGUUAGCAACAGUUAGGGAGGCUCUGCACCAUGAACAAAAUUUAAAGCACUUAACUUUGGAGUGCGUUAAUUUUGAUUACAUGGUCGUCAAGGGCACACUGGAUAUGGGAGAUCGCUGCCCUGAUUCACCUUCCGGUUGGCAGCCCAGUUACAGUCGUAUUGAAAAUAUCAGUAAACGGGAAUCAUGGAUGGUGGAUGUCGGUUCCAAAGAACUUGCGUACCUGUUAAAGUUGUAUCGUCGUUUAACUCGUUUGAAUUUAAAGGGAGUCAUGCUCGGUUGUAAAGGAGCCGCAGUACUCGUAGAGGUUUUUCACACUAAUCCCAAUUUGACACAUUUAAGUCUUUUUAAUGCGUCCAUCAGUGAUUUAGGAGCCAUGUGCAUCGCUAACGCUCUGCGAUCAAAUUGUUCUUUAACCCAUCUUAGUCUAAGGGUAAAUUAUAUCAGUGUUGUAGGAACCAGUUGGUUGGCAAAUAGUCUAAAACGAAAUUGUACUUUACAGUAUCUGGAUCUAAGUGAUAAUGUUGAUAGUGAUCCAUUAGCUGUAGAGCUUGCUAGUGCUUUGGAAUCUAAUUCUUCUCUCACACACCUCGAUUUAAGGCAUAUUUGUCCGGGCGAUAAAAGAUCCACUAUUUCAGUGGAUUCUGAUAAAAUCUCUCUCACCACUGUUCCCUGCAGAUUAAUUAGUGCCUUUGGCGCGUCGAAACUUAAAAGAGCCCUUCUUUUGAAUCGUACGCUGACUUUUUUAGACCUUUCAUUCAAUGAGAUCCGGGACGCGGGAGCUGCAGCGCUUGGAGAGGCCCUCCCAAGAAACUGCUCUUUGAGUCAUUUAUAUCUAUCUGGCAAUGCGAUAGGUGAUUCUGGAACAGCAUCCCUUGGAGAAGGUCUGAAAUCAAACUGCACACUAACUCGAUUAUAUCUGAGUGAAAAUAGGAUUACAGAUCCUGGAGCAGAAGCUCUCGGAAAGGCAAUGCAAUCAAAUCACAACCUGACCCAUUUACAUCUACACACUAACUAUAUUGGCGAUUUAGGGGCAGCAGCCUUAGCAAGAGCACUGGAAUCUACUGUUAUUCAAUUGACCCAUUUAGAUUUGACUUUCAAUAAGAUCAGCUGUGUGGGUGCAGAAGCCUUCGCGAAAGCCCUUGAGUCUAACAGUUCUCUCAAGGCUUUAGAGUUGGGAAGCAAUGCGAUCGGCUCUUCGGGAGCAUCCUCGUUUGGAAAAGCACUUCGAUCAAAUCGUACUCUUACGCACUUGAUUGUGAGCGGUAACAAUAUCACUGAAUCUGGAGCCGUAGAAUUGGUAGAUGCUCUACUGAUUAAUAACAGUUUGAUCUGUUUGAAUGCGGAAGAUAAUCCGAUUAGUUCGCUAGAGGCGGAGAACCUUAAACGGGAUAUCCAGUCGCAUUGUGUUAUUUUUAUGUAG